AUGGCGAUAAGAUAUUCUAGCUAUCAACCUGUAGCCGAUAUCAACCCCAUCAUAGAUUGGGCCUGUCGUGAAAUAGGACAGAACCCGGAGCCGUCCAAGUAUACCGCCUGGAGACGAAAUUGCGCAGAGCUUUUCAAUCGAGGCAAACGCAACGGCCCGCUUGGCUUUCAUGCACUUUUCUCGGGACAAGUCACAGGACAUCGCUUGAACGAAGGCUACCCCGACUGGGAUGAAAUGCUGCCAGUUCCAAACCAGUCGGCGCCGCCAGUUCCUGUCCACCUCCUUGAUCUCGAUCUACACCUUUAUCACCUAGGGGUCGACGUCCCAGUAGACUACGAUGCGUACUGGUCAUUUGCAGAAGCACUGAGCUUAACAAACAUCAGGGCGCCCAACAGGAUUGCUACAGGGGUGGAAAUAGCCCAAGCCCACGUCGGCACGUCAAGCCAAGCUGUGGCCAGCAUGUCACGUCCAAGUGCAGACAAUGGUGCAGCUCCUAGUCUCGGCCCUAAGCCCUUUUCCCUGUAUACGCUACCUGGUGAGCUUAGCGCUCAAGCAUCAGACAUUGGAAGCCAUCUAGGCGCAGCAGAAAGCGGGGCUUCGGAUUUUCGGCUACCUAGAGAAUGGGCUCUUUUUGUGCAGACGUCUAUCUAUUACCUGCAUUCUGCAGGCACACUACCGGGAGUGAUGAGAAAACUAGCGCCAAUGGUUUGCCAUGACCGUCUAGACCGUGUCCAGUUUACGCCUGAUCCGGUCCAAGUUCUCAUAUGUGUAAACCCUCCACAAGAGGUCUCGGAAGUCAAGAUCUACUCUUCUGGCCAGUGUGAGCGUUUGAACUGGACGCAUGGGGAUGUGAUAGUACUUUACACACCUUGCGAGGUUGAAGCAUCACGUAUUAAGUGCAUUUCAGUGAUGGUGUACAAAUGGGGUGGACCACUCUCCGAAUAA